AUGGCCAGCGCGGUGCGCUGCACCUCCUGCGGCUAUGAGUCGUGCACGCGCGACCCCUUCCUGGACGUGAACCUGGAGGUAGCCGGCGCGGGCAGCGUGACCGGCGCGCUGGAGCGCUUCACGGCGGGCGAGGCGCUGGACGGCGCCAACCGGUACCGCUGCCCGCGCGAGGGCCGGCCCGUGCGGGCGGUGAAGAGCCUGCGCAUCGCCUCGCCGCCCGCGGUCCUCGCCCUCCAGCUCAAGCGCUUUGGCUUCGGCGGGCACGGGCACAAGGUGACCAAGCGAGUCGACUUCGGCCCCGUGCUGGACCUGGGACCCUUCCUGGGUCUGUUUGGCGCAGCCCCCUCCCCAGCCACCCCCGCCGGGGGCUUCUCCUUUGGCUUCGGAGCGGCCUCCACCCCCGCUGCCGCGACGGCCCUGGACGACGACGCGCUGGCUGACGUGUACGGCCUGCUGAGUCAGCAGACGGCGGCGCUGGCGGGGGUGCAGGCCGUGCUGCGCCGCGCGGAGCGCGACCUGGAGGUGCUGGAGGGCCUGGCAGCCGCGGGGUGA